AUGCAGUCCAGGAAAGCACUCACACCUCACACGACCAUGGAGAACUCGCAAGCAGCACUUCUGAUGCUGGGGCUCCUGCUGUUUCUAAAAGGAUCGUCAACACUGGUAAUAAAACCUGUCACGGACCCUGUAAUCUGUGAGGUUGGAGACAAUGUAAUGCUGCAUAUUGAACCCUCUGGAGCUCUAGCUGCAGUGUCUUGGGUUUUUAGCCCUAAAGGUAUCACUGUGGUGUCACUUACCAGUUCCACCCCAGUCAUAGACCCUGGAUACGUGAACAGAGUCACGCUGAACACAACUACAGGAUCACUAGAGCUCAGAUCUGUGAACCGCAAUGACGACGGAGUGUAUGUGUUUGAUGGCAUUAUCAUUGUGUCAGGAAACAGAGUCUCAUUCGAGGGAAACGUUACCUUGAAAGUUUAUGCUGCGGCAGUAAAACCUGUCACAGACCCUGUGAUCAGCAAGGUUGGAGGCAACGUAACGCUGGAGAUUAACCCCCCUGGAGUUCUGAGUUCAGUGGAGUGGGCUUUCGGUCCUGCAGGGAUCCCUGUGGUGAAAUGGUCCGGAUCAAACCCAGUCAUAGCCCCUAAUUAUGUGAACAGAGUCACCCUGAACACAAAUACGGGCUCACUGGGGCUCAGCUCUGCGAACGUCAGUGACGCUGGAGUGUAUCUGUUUAGUGGCAAUACCGUUGUAUCAGGAAAUCGAGAGUACUUCAAUGGCAGUGUUACCUUGGAAGUGUAUGAGCCGAUAACUAAUGUAAAUGUGAAACCAAACCCAGCCCAGCCAAUAGAAAACCAGGCUCUAAAGCUGACCUGCCAGGUGUUUGGAUCACAGAUUGUUUCCUCAAGUCUCUGGCUGAAGGACGGUCAGCCCUUGGUCCCUAGUGACAGAAUAACAUUGUCUGUGGACAGCAGUGUAGUCUCCUUCAACCCAGUCCUGCAGUCUGAUAAUGGAGAAUAUCAGUGUAAAGCGUAUAGCCCUGUAAGUGAAGUAACGAGCGCUGUGUAUAGAUUGGAGGUCAAUUAUGGACCAGAGCAGGCAUCUAUUACAGGACCAGACAAAGCCGCUCUCAAUUCAUCUGUGACCUUCAAGUGUUUGGCUCAGUCUAUCCCCCCUUGUAUUUACAUCUGGUAUGUAAAUGGGAGACAGACUUCUCAGGGCAUCCAAUACCAGAUAGAUGCUGUUAGCAAUGUUGAUACAGGAAGCUACAUGUGCAUGGCCUGGAACUCAGUGACAAGGCGGACCAGCAUUGCAGAGAAAAAACUUACUGUGACCGGUAAAGAAGGGCCCGUCUUGUCUCCAGGAGCGAUCGCAGGAAUUGUCAUCGCUACACUUGUAGGGGUCACUGGCAUUGCUCUUGGGGUGUAUUUCAGUGUAAAGUUAUGCACGAAGAAUCCAGAUGAUCCCAACCUUGGUCCAGCUAAAAGAUGUUUAGAUGCUGUCACUUGGCCGAAUGCAUCAGAAACAUAUGAGAACAUGCCGGCUAACCAGAGAGCAGGCAAAGCAAAAAAACAGGACCACACAUACACAGACUUACAGCCAUCUGAGCAGUCCACAUACAGCACCUUGAAGAAGUAGGAGUUAUUCCAUAUCCCUAAACUCACCUUGUAGCAACUCUGGAUCAUAAUACAUAAGAUACAUGGGUUAAAGUGUAAGCCAUUGUAUUUUUUCUCCAACAGACCUUGAUUCAGGAAACAUCACAACAGCUGUACAGUCUGUAAAGAGUACUUAUUUUAAAUUUUUUUAGUUCAAUAUU